UCUCUCACGCGCCAACAAUGGCGGUGGCUUCACUUCUUUCCUUUUCUCUUUAAUCUUUCAAAAUCUAACUAUUCCUUCCGUAUCUCCUGAUCUUCUUAGCCCCUCCCUCUCGCCGCUCGCCGGAAGCUAUAAUCGGAACCGGCGGCUUCAUUCUGACAUUCUGCGUUUCUUCCUCCGCCGUGAUCGGAUGGAGUUUAAGUUCCGGGCCAGCGAUCUCCGACCGCCGCCUCCGCCGCCGCGGCAGUAUGGUUCUCCUUUGCCGCCGGCCGUCUACUGCUUCUCCAAGCAAGGCUUUACAGAUUUCUCUUCAUUCUCCUCAAUUUUCUCCAAUUUAUCGACGGUUUUGACAGAUCCCUGUCUCAGACAAAACGUAACGAGGAAGCCGUUCGAUAUCAAUGAGGCGAUGCACUGCGAGAUCGAGUUGAUGCGAUUGAGGGAAGAGAAAUUGCUGGUGGAAGUUGAGAGGCAGCGAUUUCUGAAAGAGGAAGCGAGGAGAGAACUGAUGUUGGCCGAACAAGAGCUGGCGAUUCGAGGAGCUGCGCAGGCGGCGGGCUAUUCUUUCCGUGAGCAGCGAUGGGGAACGUCGUUCAGCGCCGCGGCGCCGGUGGUACGAUCGCAUGAAUGGCAGCAUAUGGAGCAACUGAAAAGUUCCGACCGCCGCGGGUUUCGUGCAGUAGCCGUACCCUUACUCCCGCCGCCGCCUCCGCCGCGGCUUCCGCCGUUUACGGCCGAUGACAAGAAGCCGCAGCGCCAACUUCAAGUACAGGCUGAAAAAAGUGAACUGAUUAUACUGGAGAAACCUGACCCAGAACUAUUUAGGGAAAAGCGGAAGGCCGAGGCGCCAUUGGCAUUGGACAUUGACGACGUUCAACCUUCGGGUGUGAAGAAAAAUCCCAAGGAUGAGUGGAGCUGUGCGCUUUGUCGAGUUACCGUUUCGAGUGAAAGGACUUUCGAUCAACACCUUCAGGGCAAGAAGCACCAGCGCAAAGAAGCAGGGUUGAGAGCCCAGAAGGCGAGCAACGUUUCGCAAGCUGCACCCAUGCCAGUACUGAAGAAACGGAGAAAGAUGAGUGGCUCUGCAGGUGCAGAAAAGGAGCUGAAAUCAUCUCAAUGUGAGAAAACUGGAAAUAAGGAGUUUAAGUUUUGGUGUAAAAUAUGUAAAGUUGGUGCUCAAGCUACAGAGGUGAUGGAGGCUCAUCUGAAUGGGAAGAGGCACAAGGCAAGAAAUUUGUCAGCCAUUGCAGCUGCAGCAGUUACACCAUCAAUGGAAGAUUAAGAAGAAAGCUCAGAAUGCUGUUGAUGUAGAUACUGGACAGACGGGGAACGAUCAACGGGCAAAUGUCGCUCUUCGAUCAGGCGAAUAUAAAGGUCAGUGAGAAUGGCACAAAAAAGAAAGAAGGGCUUUGAUUAUGAUGUUCUCACUUGUGGGGGACUGUUUUGCUAAUGUGUUGAUAAAAAUAGGUAGAGCUUUAUAACCUAACGUAACCAUCCCGAGUAGUCUCGAGUAGUUAGCCGAGUUUAGAAUGACUUUUUGAAUGGCAUCGAGUACUUCUAAAAGUGAUUUUGAAAACUCUAAAAAUCACUUAAAAGGGAGUAUAGGAAAAGGGCUUACCACAACACUAUUCUGAAAAGUCUUGAUACUCUUUCUCUCUUUCCUUUGUUUAAUCUCAAGUAAUUCAUCAUUUUAUUUA